AUGACGAACUUCCCUGGGCGAGUACCGAACUGGAUUGGCCUUGAGGGCGUAAGUGAGAGGUUUGUGGUCGGCGUGAACCGAUAAAUCUCUGCCCUAUAAGAGGUGUCGAAAAUGACGAAUGGCCAAGUAAAUGGCAAGGAGCUCGCGAGUGAAAGUACUGUAGCGAAUCUGCGCCGGUUGUAGCUUCUGUGAAAAGAAAGCCAGUGGUAGCAACUGGUUUUUCACCUGUUGAUGCGGGAAUGCGCCGACAGCACUGUUGUAAGCGUCAGUGGUCAAGAUGAGCUGUGCGUGGGGGUCGGAGCUGAGAUGGUAAGGCAAAGUGGCAUCAACAAGAGCUUUCUUUGCUGCCUCAAAAGCUGAGUGAGCUGCUGGAGAAAGUUCGAUCGGCUUUGCUUUAGACUUCAAAAGGUCAGUUAGAGGAGCUAGGGUCGCCGCACAGGGAGGAAUAAAACGUCGAUAAUAAUUAAGAAAGCCUAUGAAACGCCGCAGCUUAGUUAGAGUCCUGGGGACAGGUAAUGACAGGAUGCUCUGCACCUUCUCUAGCAGCAGUCUCCACACAUGUUGUGAUGUCAUAAUCGAUGGAAAGCCUUACAAGCAACCUUGACCGAUUUAUGCCUCGGAAUGAGCAGGAAAUUGGACUCAGCCGUUAAGACCCACUCUCAGUUUUUCAUAUUUUUAUUGGCCGACUUCACUGUACACUGCACCCAACUGUGCGUUCCAUACAGGCUCAGGUCUAUUGCCCUCAAUAAAUUAAACUGAACUGAGCCUCCGUUGAAAUCAAAAAAUCGCGUCUGCUGAAGUAAGUACAACAGCGGACCUUUCUUGCGUUCGAAAUGGAGAUCAAAAUAGUGAAUGUACCUAACCAUUUUCAUUCAGUCCAGCCCGCAUCAGCAAUAUUCUGGGGUACAAAACCAAAUGCUACAUCGUUACUGGAUGCUUCACCAAAUGAUGAUUUAGAAAAUCCUGCAGCAUUCUCUAAAAAUUACGUCCAAUUUCGCAUUGCACUUUUGGUUUUUGUCACCUCACUCCGAUUUCCCCCAAUAACAUUAACUGAACUCAAAAGGAUUUGUCUGCAAAAAAUAACGCACAUCUCAUUCGAACCAUGCGUACUAUGGUAUGCAGUGACUGCUUUUAUUUUUUGUGAUUUUUCUGUCAUUGCCAAUAUCCUGCGCACUUUAUUUCGAUUUUGCAUUUUCCCGUCCUUCAUUUUUCGUUUAUUUGGUUGCGUUUUUCUAUUGAAAUUCUUCUUUCAGAUGUAUAGCAUACUAUUUCCUAGCAUAUGCGUUCAGGCACAAGUUUUGAACGCCAUAACUGUAAUAUUUUACGAGGUUAUGAACAUACUGUCUUGUCAGAACUCUGACGAAAGGUGUUUUUUAUAUUCCAGCGUCUGUCGACUUUGUAGCAGCACAGCAAAGAGAAUAAGUGCUCUGGGCACUACAAUUCUCAAGCCAAAUCCCAGAUUAGAAGGAGAAGACAUAAUGCCCCUGGAUGAGGGGUUUAUUGUGCUCUGAUGAGACCCCGACGGGUCUUUAAUAAAAAAAUAAUAAUUAAAAUGAGAACCCGGAGUUGUCCUCUCAGGCGGCAGUGGCCACUGGCGAAGUCAUGGCUGGUGUUGACUGCGUCCAGUCACGCCUGAGAGUCCUUGGUGUAGUGGUGGCAGCCGCUUUUGUAGGCUCGGGAGCCAAACUCAAGUGGCGUCCAGUCAGUGCGCUUUGCAUUUGCCGAGGGGUGGUGUCCUAGUGUCUUAGGCUGUGGUUGGAAGGGGGCGGUGCGAUCAAGUGGCCGCAUGGGCAGCUGCGGCUGUGCGGACGCAGGUGUGCUCGAAUUGUCCGUCGUGUGACUUCACGUCAGCGCGUCUGGAACGGCUCACUACAAGGGGUGAAUGACCUUGGGGCAGCGAGGUCUCGAACAAUGACACCAGACCAGACAUGAUGGCUUCCCACUAUAACUUUGCCGUAAACUGUUAGAUUCGAAAUCAUCCACCAAUUACUCCGAUGGCAGAUUCUUAUUAAAAAUUUGGUUACAAGAUGACGUUACCAGAAGGGGAGGAGCAGGCACUGCAAUGGUUUAAUUUUGAUUCUGAGGUUUCGACCGAUGUGCUCUUAUAGAACCUAAGACAAAUAAUCUCAACUUGGAGGGCGUUCGGCGCUUCUUUCCUGGCGGCCAACCCCAAAGUCCAACCCGACAUAGAUAAAAAGAUCUUCAGUAAAUCAAUGAAGGAAGACCACGCUGACUCACAGCGGCACAUAGAGACCAACUGGCAAUCACAGUAUUAUCUCGCCCCCCUAACGACAUUGGCGGUGUGACGACUUGCCAGUCUCUGAAUAGUCAAGGCCUCGUAUAUCGUUGUUACUUCCAGACACGAUGUAAGGAUAUCUCAAUAGCGUUUUCUCCUCCUCGAUCUUCAUUUUUCGACUGUCGACCUUUAAAUAAUAAGUUUAAGUACCCUAAAAUUAAUGUGGGCCAUGUGAGAUUAUCCUCGUCGGCUAUGUUGCCUGUUGUGAUUGGGUUGUCUGUGAUCGCUUGCUUGAUUGGGUUGUAUCUAUGGCUGAGAAGGUUCCGCAAGGAUUGUAUCAUGAUUGCAGGUGUUACCGAAUCGGGAAAAACAGCUCUGUUUACAAUGCUUGUCCACAAAAAGCACGUUAUGACUUUUACCUCACUUGGCCCGAACUCGGAUACCUAUAAAUUAAGGACCAGGGUAAUUUUAAAUAUGAGCUUAUUUUAAAUAGGCGUCAAGAAAUCUAACUCUUAUAGACAUUCCCAGUCAUGAGAAGAUUCGUUACGAAUAUGUAGCAAAAAACAAGAGUCGCACUGCGUACGCGUUGCUAUUCUGAACUUUUACAUCGGUUAAGGGGGGUCAUCUUUGUUAUUGACUCGGUCUCCAUCCAAAAGUCUCUCAAAGAUGUCGCAGAGUAUCUCUACAAUCUCCUCGCGGAUGCAACCUUGGCGAAGGGACGCGUCCCAUUUUUGAUUGUUUGCAACAAGCAAGAUUUGCCUAAUGCAAAGGAUAUUAUCGCGGUGGAAAAACUUCUCGAGGACGAAAUGUAAGAAUUCGAUCCUCAGGUUUAUGUUAUACCCUCCACUUGGUCUUGCGGCCAACUCUCUUCAUUAACUAAAAUGUUGUGUUUAGCGUUGACCUCCCCUGAACUGCUAGGUAAUUUUUCUCCUAACUUGGCGUCAAGUUGCCCUAUAUAGACGGUUGGCGGACUCGACUUUAGCACAGCCGUAGCGUUAGCCUAGAAUAAUGAAGGCGCUCGGUACCUGUGGCCUAUUUUUAUGUAACUUCACCGCUCUUGAAUCUCUCAUGGAAGCAGUGUCGCCCUGUAUAAGUAGGGAAAUCAUAAAAACCUUUAUGCAUCCACCAGCGUCUAUCACCGUCCGGGGGAAACCAAUAGAUUUUAAAUAAGGAAUAUCACUUCAUUUCAGAGCUGCAGAGAACUUACGUGGCAGAUUCUGCCCCCAGUUGUUGUCGGCGUCAAAGUGGUGUUAACCUGGCCAUGAAAACUUACCUGAAUGUUAUUGUUUGGAUCCGAGACCUCACCCCAAGGCGUCAAAAACAUGUGUGAGCUAACAGUUUUUCUCCCUUAAGAGAAAUCAUCCAAGUUCACUUAGGUGGUUGUGUUAGGAGUUAAAAAAUCAUGUCACCGUGUAUGUUCCAGGCCUCCAUUUGGCAGCCUGCUUGUCCCUAACUGGGUCAGGUAACUAACUGCAGGCGUCUGACUGCUUCACCAACACUUUCCAGUGUAGAAUGGGAAAUAGUAUCAAGGAGUUGGCAAUAGCGUCCGAAGUGAAAAUCGACAGUCACAUCAGUAUACAAUGCUGAGCGUAUUAAAGCUUCUUAUAUGCAACACUUUGUCAUAGACUGUGCUGCCUUUCUGCCACUGACUUAACCAACUACUUGUCUUAUCCCCUUUAAACUGAUUUCUUUUGUGUUUGUUACGACAGGUUGCAGCACUAAUUGUAGUAGUCUUUUUAAGUUCUCAACUUCUAAAAGUGGACUCGUACUUGAUGUUUGUUCUAACUGCAGUUCACGGAACUCUCAGAAAUAGCAGACCUAGACAGGUUAACUUACUAUCUUCUCCGUCAGUGGAAGCCGGAUUUCAUUGGCCAAAUAACCGCAUUCAUGUCUUGUUGGAUCGUCGAGCCAAGUCUAUCUGAUCUCUUCGUCGGGCAGUGACACUGAAACCGUAGACGAACAGGAACGCAUCCAAGCCACCUCAUUCAUUUCUUUUGGGUGACCUGAAGUGUCCACAUGAUGGUGUCGCAGCGAGUUCGGAGCGUCUAAAUGUAGACAGGGUCGAUUUUCUUCGUUCGGGGGAUAAAUGUCAGACAACGAUAGUCAGAAGCCUUUAUUUUUUGCUCCUCUUACUCCUCCGUGCGUGGGACUCAACAUUCACAGUCAUGCGGGUGGACUGACCAGACAGACAACAAGUACCUGCGAAUUUUCGUGAUCAUUGUGAUAUGCUUGACUCCAAAGACGCCUUAGAAAGCAAUAAAGAACCCUGCGAGCGACAUCGUUUUUGGCAAUCAUGUCGUCCUCACCUUAUUCGUCUAACAGCAGUCCGAAUCUAGCUGUCGUUAACAGAAUUGAGGUUAACCAGCCGACGCCCAGGUUCGUGUUUUGUACUGUCAAAGUCGCGUAGAGCCCGCCUAAGAAUCAAUUCGACGGGGCAGCUAAACAGGAUAAAUGACAGAAUGCAAUUUUGUCGGAGGCCUGAACGAAUAUCAAACGGUUGGGAGCAAUUGAAACGAUUGUUAACCCUAAUGAUCUUUAUUUUCCGUCUAAACGCCAAAUAGCUUCAUUAUCCGCCACAGGCGACCACAGUGAACGGGACCGAAAGCCACACCAAUAUCAAGAACAGAUCGCCUGUUUUGGUACCAGUAGUGGAAUUCCGGAAUGCGCCGUAGUGUUAAUAUCUAGCUGGAACACCCACGUCCAGCUCGGAACCCGGAUAGACUGAGUCGCCCCCGAAUCUUGCAAACUUAAAUCAUCCGAGCAUUCCAGUGGUCUUAGACCCUUAUAGCAACAUCAAGUCGACUUUUGUCGUCGUGGUUGGCGGGCGUCGUAUUGUUUCUUUUCCUAAAGACAAGCACAAGCAUCGCCAAACCCGAGAUACCAGGAAUGAUCUCUUCUCCCCAGUUUUGUACAGUAUGUAGGCGAACCCAGGCCGUUUGUGCAUCGACAAGACCUAUUGACUUCGGUGUAAAUACUAUCCUCUGCGUGCAAGUGUGCAGUCUCAGUCUCACAUUCGAGACUUCUCCCAGAUAUGGAGGGUGCAGGGAAGGUUGAAACUCCGUUGCCAACGAUAGGAGAGGUGGAAAGACACUUGAUGACCUUGGCUGAGUUGUCAGCAAUAAAGUUUACUAACACUUCGCGACUAGAGUCAUUCAGUGCAGGAAAUUUACCACUAACUUGGUGGAUAAGUUGAUUGAGUUGUCGAGUGUUGCUGACGUUCGAGGCCUGUUGUAUGAAGCUCUCCACUUCUGCCGAGUAGUUUUUACUGGCAUCUCUAAUCCAUUUUACUGUUUUUUUCCGGGACUUCGCAAAGAGAAUCACAAUUUCGGGACCUAACAUAGGUUAUCUGAGCAGACGACUAAAGUUAUUGCGCUGACUGAGUCACUGCGGCACCCUUCGGUGGAUCCAGAAAUUCUCUCACUUGUCCUUCUCACUGUGGACUUCGAGGCUGACCAACUGCUGCUGAUUUCACGUUGAUUCAGGCUCAAGAAUGAGUCCGGAUUUCUCUGUCUAGAGUCUCCACUGUCUCCUGACAUUAACGCGUCUGACACGAGUCCUUUUGUGGUUUAAGAGAGAAAUGAACCUUCGGGGGUGUUCUAGUGAGCAAAUGAUCGGGCUCGCUGCGUCCCCAGUUUCGGCACCACUCACCAAUCUGCGGUGAUGCGCCCGGAUAAGAGACCUACUGAGUAGAAUGUGGUCGUUCCCGAUGGCUAGACGGCUGCCGUUGAUGUGCCAGAUUAGUGGGUGUUUGUGACGGUAAUGAGGGCAAGUGUUGGGAGUAAGCGGUCCAUCCUAGUCAGCGAUCAGCGGUCGCAUCGGUUAACAGCACAAAAACGGCAAAGUAUAUGGCUGUUUUGAAAGUCGUCUAGCUUAAGCAUUGUCAUUCUAGUCGCCAACAACAUCUAGCGGAUUACGGCUAUUUGUGGCCGUUUGCGUCCUCAACCAACCACACUCUGGUUCGAAGUCAGUGGCUUUGAGGUAAACUGGACUUCACUUCUCCACCACCAAGUCACUGGUUAACGCUUUUUCGGCCGGUUACAAUGUUUGAUUCGGGUGUGACAGAACUUGUCGGUUAGGCCUGACUACAGCGCGAAGCACAUUCGCUCCGUUAUCCUCCGAAACAACAUCUCAGCUCUCUAAAGCGGUCGCGUAAUGAUAAACGCCCAGUAUUCUACUGAAGGUAACUGACAGCGACAGAAGACCCGAACACAUUGUAGAAGAUCGUAAUUAAGACUGCUUUGAAGUGCAGCGGGUCUAGUAAGACGCUUUCCACAUGUCCUUGUUUUUUCCGACCAUUUUAAGGUUUUCCAAAGCCUAGAUGCAACUUUUUAGCUACUCAUUUGUAGUUUUCCCUCUUAAAAAGAGUCUCCGCUAACCCUCCCCGCUUUUCCAUCUCAGAAAUACUCUAUGUAUUACGAAGGCCGGUGCGCUUGCUGGUUUGGACUCGGGAAAGGAGAGUGUUCCUCUGGUGAAAUCGGGCGAAAAAUUCAGUUUUGCCGACAAUAAACACCAUCGUGUCACUUUCGCGGGCUGUUCCGCCAUUGAAGAAAACAUCGGACCUGUGCGAUCCUGGCUUGAGCGCCAGUGA